CUACACGAUUGUAUUCAACGACACAUAAUGUACCUCUAAAUUCUUUAUGUUUUUCUACCAUACCCUAAAAUUUUCCGUAGAAACUAAAUGAAAUUAAAAUUAUACAAAGCGCCCCCUAUCGCACCAAAAUGGAAAUGUUCAACCAACUGAAGGAUGAAAGCCAGAAAAUGCUUCACGAGCUGAGAAAAUGGACAGCAGAUUCGGGGGCCGAGUUGGCGGCCGUGUACGGAAACAUGAAGAAGACAGGCAAGAAUAGCGUCGACGGCAUCGUGCAGUGGAUGAAGGAUGUAAAACUGAUCUCCUCAAAAGAGACCGAGGAAAAAGUCCGUUCAGAACUCGACAAGGCGCCAGAUAAGAAAGAUGUCGGCUUCCAGCAGUUCCGGAACACAGUCUUCCAGCUGAUAGAAGACCAGAAGAAGGCGUUUGAGGAGGUGGGGGCGUCAGUGAAGGAGCAGGGGGGAAGGCUGGCGGCAGCGUUCCAUGCGGGAACGAGCGCUGUGCAGGAGGCGCUGAGGAAGGAUGACAAGACCACAGGGAAAUAG